UCUCUGAACAGGUUUUCAUAAAUCUCCCCCAUUGUAUCUGACGCUCAAUAUCAUAGGGCUGCUAAGUGAUUUGUAACCCGGACAGAUGCACAAAAAGGGUCGAAAAUAGAAGGGUGUGUGGCUAUGCUGGAUGGGAUGUGACUUUGCGAACUGACACACUCACCCAAGAUGCAGAGCGUAGCUUGUAAAGUACCAGAAGAGCCAUAGACUUGCAUGGGAUGUCAGACAAAAACCUCUAACCUCACGUUGGGGAUGUCAACUAUUCAUCACACGAAGCCCUUUUCCCUGCCACGUGACAUUCUUUGAUUCUCCUGGAAACCAGAGCAUACUGAGUCUCCCAGCAACAGAGACAGUACAGAGAGGCCAGACACAUGACAUGACAGCCAAGCAUUGAUACAGGAGGCCUCUGCAAAAUGAAAGUGAUCUGGUCAACUUUUCCUCUGCUCAGGUUUUGAUAAAUCUCCCCAUAUGACUUUUGCAAUGAGUUGCAGCAUCCUAAAAUGUGGACUUCAGCAGCUUGCUCACCCUAAGGUACACCAUGUAUGCAGCUCAAGUAUCUUCAGAAAAUCAUCUUGAUCUCCUUGCACAUCCUAAACUGGAUUUCUUAAAACAACAUGACAGGCCAUCUGUAUAUUGGCAAGACAAGACCGACAUAAACUCUAUUUGCAGUCUGACUGCAAGACAAAAUGAGCUGGCACAGCAUAAAACUGUCAACAAGCUGUAUAAGGAAGACAGACCCUCUUCAAAUUGGACAGUAAAGGCAAGUGCACUACAGGUAGUCCCAUCUCCCCGGAUAGAGAAACUGGCACAGGCUAAAAGUAUUAGCCCAGAAUGGGUGGAAGACAAACCUAUAUACACUGUGGUGACUGAAGCAGCCAAGAGAGCUUCUGCAAGUCCUCGCAUUGUACAGUUAGCAAUAUCAAAAAACUGUGCUGCCCGCUCUACGCUAAGCACACCAAAAAGUCAUCAAGAAGACAGCAAUGGUGUCAUCAAUUCUGAAACACUGGUAGCUCCCACAGCUAGGACUGAGGCUUUAGCAGUGCCUAAGAUGGAGCACCCUCAGUACCAUCAUGACCUGGAAAUUUUGCGGCAUGUUCCUGCACCUGCUCUUAAUGCCCAAGCCUCAGACAGAGUCUGCCAGUUGGCAAAGCCUAAAACCCGAAAGUCUAUCUUCGAAGGGUAUGACCCAUACCGGAUCUCCCCUGCAGCUAAGCAUGCUGAAGCAUCUCCUCGUAUUAUUGAGCUAAGUGCACCACCUGCUCGGAAACAGCUCUAUAAAAAAGUCUAGGAGGUGUAUUUUAUUAAAGUAAAACAACUAUAUUUAGGACAAAAAUUCAAUAAACAAGUGAUUUUA